UCGCAUGGGCGGGCGAGCGGCUGAUUACGGGCAGUAAUGAAAGCGGCCCGCUUGCACACGGUAGGCAAGCUGUCAUGUAGCCGCGCGCCCCAGUCGCCUUUCCUCUCCUACCGCCGCUGUUGUUGUUGUUGUUGCUGCUCCGGCGUAGCCAGUGUUCGCGGGAUUCACGGCACGGCGGGUCCAGCGAGUUAUGAGAGCGAUCUUCGUGUUCCUUCAGGCGAUAGCACUGCAGCUGACGAGAUGUCGAGGCGGUGGCCCGAGCACGUUCGGAUACGACGCGUCCUCGGCGUGCAGCAAGCCGUACUCGCGCGCGGGACGCGCUCACCACGAGGAUCUGCCCUGUGACUUUCGCCGGCAGAACUGGUGCACGAUCGCCGGUAGCUCUUAUCCUUGGCACGCGGUGCGUCGAUUCGUCCUGGAGAAUCAGGGAUUGAUGAGACGCAUGUACGGCGACGAGAGUUACAUCAGCGUCCUCAGAGCGGAGUUCGACAAGAAUGACGUCGAGCUGAAAUACGACGACUAUCAUCAUCACUUCGCUGACGAGCUGAGGCAAUAUGAGGACGACGAUUACGAGUUCGUCGAUGAGCGGCAGGCGUUGCCGAAAGACAACACGGGUCGCGGUUUCACCAGUCGCUCCUUCAACGCCGAUCCCAUCGCCAAACGGCUGAACAAGUUCCCGAAGCUCAGCGAGUACACCAGGCCGCACUUCAAGCCGACCGAGCGAACCACCGAUGGCUCGACCAGCGCCACGACCUUCGGUACGUCAUCUUCGACGACGCCCACGGUGUCCACCACCGCCGCGACCAGCACGGAGGAAGACACUCAAGCCCCGGUGACGUCACCAAACACCACAUCCAUCGAAACAGCCGAGGAGAACGUCGCAAACAGCACGACGACGUUCUCACCGAGCGUCACCGUCGCUCAGAUCGUGAGGGAGCAGAAUUUCAGCAUCAACGAGAUCCCCGGGCAGAACGAUAGGAUCGACGAGGGGGUGGAGGAGACGCACUCGGUGGUCGUGAACACGACUCUGGAGCCGAUCAGCACGACCGGCGGAUCGCUGUUGGCCGCGGGGGACGAAGCGGGGGAUGUGCUCGACGCGAAGACGACCGUACACGUCGCCGCCUCGAGCAACCACGAGCAGCAAUUCCGACCGCGUCCCGAGUAUCGGCCGUCGGCCGAGAGUACGUCGAGCGGCCAACUUUAUCAGGACGUCGCGGCGAAGGAUCAACAGGAACAAACGGUGCUGAAGCUCCGAGGAGUAAACGCCUGUCCCGUCAAGGAGGAGGUAGUUGCGCCGUUCUGGGCCAACAACACCCGCGGCGAGGUCUUGGCCCUCCUGAACCUCUAUCCGUUCGAACAGUAUGUUCAUUGGGAGAAGUGCACGAACGAGAACAAGCAAAUGUACUGCCGGGACGGCUGCAGAUGCGAGCAGCAGUACAGGUUGCACCGGCUGCUGGCUUACGACCCGAACAACGAGUGCCGCGGCAUCUUCAGCGACUGGUUCAAAUUCCCCAGCUGCUGCGUAUGCCGUUGCUACGAUCUGCCGCUCGAGUUUCGGGUGACGUCGCGCUCGCCGCGCAUUCACUCCAAGCGGCGGAUCAAGGUGCAGGCGCCGCGGGACCGUUACGCGUGAUCGUCCUGGCCGACCGCCAAAAGUGCAGCGUAAGUGAGGACAAACGUCGGCGCGAUGUGUCGACCUCUAUUUUUCACACAUUUUAAGGUAAUUGGUCCGUAAAUUUCAGAUUUCCUUCUUUUCCGCACAUUAAUCGAUUUACGCACACGUAAUAUUAGAAAAUCGUGCUGAAAGAAUUGAAAUCAAAAUUAACGAUAUUUACACGUGUCACGAAAACGACAUCAUAUUUUAAUACUAGCGAUCAAAUUGCUCUUCUGGUUUUAAAUGAAAAACGAGAAAAGAACUUGUAGAGAUAUUAUGAGAAAAAGUUACAAAAUCGUUGAUCUAAUUCUUCAGGUAUUGUACGCGCUACAUUUCCCCUCUGUGUAAUCGUCUUUUUAAAGAUAGAAUAAUUAAAUAAUUAAAAGAAUCUAUCACACGUAAAAUUGCGGGAAACACGGAAAAAUACGGAUAUAUUCGUAUACCUUACACAGGCAGUUCCAGCCGAAAAUAUUAUGUGCCAGAAAUGCGCGAAAAACAAUGAUUUCAUUAUGAUUUUUCAAACAUUAUGUAAAUUUGAUUGAUAUUCUCACGCUGUAAAAGCUGUAUAUCACAUAAAUCAUGUUUAUAAACUAUUUAGUACCGAUUUGUCGAGCUUCUUUGUGUGUUUGUAUUGACCAUUACUUUUCUCUAACAAUAUUAUCACGGACCGACUACCUUAAAUAUCGAAGAUCGAGUUGUAACGAACGAGUUGUAUCGUGAAAGAGGAGAAUGACAAACGCGUGGUGUAUACGCAAUGUAUUCCGCGAUUCAUCACCACGUUUUGUGUACUAUUUAAUCCAGCCGUACGCGUCAUCAAGUUUUUCACACGACACGUAAUAUAUACCGCUGUAACGAGUGUCACGAACAUUGUGCAACGCGAUCAUUUAUCUCGGCGAAAGAGGAAAAAUAUAUUUAUAUUUAUACAUAUACUCGACAUAACUCUGUUGCAAGCAGAUAAGGCUCGUGAAUAAAAUACGCCAUUUCUCUUUUUAUACUACUUCUUACCCUCGUGCUCGCGCUUCUCAUUAUCCGCACCAUGUUUGCACCGUCGAAUUAUACAGCCGAUUACGACAGUUGAAUCGCGAUUAAUGAAAAGCGACUGACAGUUACGAAUCGUAGAGACUUAACGGAACAACACGUCGAGGAUCGUCGUCGAAAAGAACGCGCACGUUUCGUUACAAUCGACUUUAUUUUCCUUACUUUCCUCUACAUGUCCGACAACGUUGUCACGUGUCUUACAAAGAAGAAGGUUCACAAACAGUAACGAUCCUUAAAACGUUAAUACUUCUUUAAUCUUUUUUUUUUAAUUUUUGUCGUUUUGCUUCGUUUCGGGCAUUCGCCGCCGAAUGCAUAACUCAACAAUAAUACCGAUUAUUUUGUCGUACAUUCAUUAAUGUGGUAUUACAAACGUCAUUAAUUGUUCGUAUCCCGUCGUAAUAAUAAUAAUAUAUAUAUAUAUAUAUACGUGUAUGUACAUAUUAUAUAUAGCACGUGUACAGGAUGUAUCGAAUCGAUGCGUGACAUCCUGUACGUUUACGUAUAUCCUAGAAAAUAUACGCGUUUUCUUUUCUUUCCCUUUUAUUUACGUAUGAUAUAACGCGCGUAUAUUUUAUGUAUAACGAUACAUUGCGUAGUGACAUAAGUGUAUCUUUAUAAAUACGAGCUAAAACAUUUGGUAUCAAAACCAUUGCAGGAAGAAGAGAAGAAAAUAAAACGUCUUCGAAAAAGUGUACUACUUCCUUGUAAUAUCUCUCACUCUCGUCAGCGCCCUUCUCUCUCUCUCUCUCUCUCAUUACUCUGUUACCCGUGUCGGAGUGUCUCGACGGUUUCUGAAUUGAUUUGUCGUAUUACGUUAUGUGCAACAAGAGGAAUUCUUCGAGUUCCUCGGCUGCGAAUUUACGCGAAAGUUCACCCGACCCAGCUUUCGCACUCAAGAUGGGACGAUAUGUGGAAACAGUACCGAAUAACAAGAUAUUGCAUGGUCGUUACAGAUUCGCAGUAAUUUUUUACAAUAAUUAUUUUUUACAAAUAAUUAUUUUUUACACACACGCCAUUAAGAAACGCCAUAAAAUUCAUAACAAUUCAUUGAGCUUUGAUUCUAGUGAACGGAAAGGGGAACGGUUGUUUCCCUUUCUCGUGUUCUUUCUUAUUUUUUUGUUUAGGUAUAUGGCAGAAAAGAAGUAGGAAGACGCGAUUCCACAGCGAAGAAAGCUUGGAGCGCUGUCCUCAAACGAAAGACGUUUCAUUUUCGGAGCACGAGCGCGGAACGAGCGCUCGUGUCCGAGAAAAAUGCGUCUCUGCGAUUCGCUGUCUGUACCAAUGCA